UUGGGUUUCGGUACAUAACGACCCGCCACAUUAAAGUCUUUGGAUCAGAGCCGCCGCGCGUCUUGACGCAUCUCUUCAAAGGGCUUCACGGUGAGGGGGCGGGAUUAUAAACCUCAGCUCCAGCGUCUCAUCAGGACCAGUCAGGAUCUGCUCAUGGAGGUGACUUCAACUCAACUGGGAAUUAUGACGGGUCUGGCUCUGUACUUUAGGAUUUUUCUCCUGGUGGAUUUGGUUCUGGGUCUCAAUGCGCAGAACGUCCACGGGAUGCUCCCCGACGCGCUGUUCCGCGGGAUGUCCGGUCGCUCCGGCGGCUCCAGACGCACGGUGCAGCGGCAGCAAGGGAACAGGCUUCCGCUCUACAUGAUGCAGCUUUAUCGGACCAUGCUGACCGAGGAUCGGGCCAGCUCUCCGGCCGCCAGCAGCCGCGUCGGGACGGAAGACAUCCCCGGCCUUCACGACUCCGACUCUGUGAUCAGCCUCGUCGCAAAAAGCUUCCUGCAGACUGGUGAGAGGUGGUCAGUCACCUUUGACUUGUCCUCCAUGUCUCCAAGUGAUAACAUUCAGCUGGCUGAGCUCCGCAUCCGAUUGCCUGCCUUCAUCGAGUCGUCCUCCACCGCCACUGUAGACAUCUAUCACUCCAACUGGGAGCAAUGCUCCAGCACGGAGUGCUCCGAGAGCAGGCUUCUUCUGGGACGCCUGAGAGCUCAUCCAAGCUCAGCGGUCUCACCCGCCUCAUGGAAAGUCUUCAACACGACCAAAAUGCUCCAUCGCUGGCUUCGCCGGGGACCUGCGGCGCAAAAGACGGAGAAAGGCCCGGCCGAGGUCAGCGAGGACCGCGAGCGACGGCGAAUCCGACACCCAACAGCCGACAGGGUGAUGAUGGUGGUCUUCUCCAGGCAGAGUCCGCACAGCCAGCGGAUGCCGACCCUGAUCCGCACGGUAGAGCGCUCCAAGUAUGUCAGCCUGGAGAGGGAGCAACGGGUGCCCGACCCCGGGGCGAAGAACAGAGAAAAGAGACACGAGCAAACCCAGCCGAGAGAGGGAGACGCCGCCGGGGAGGAGGAGGAGCAACGUCAUCUCUGCAGGAAGGUGGACAUGUGGGUGGACUUUGAGAAGCUCAACUGGAGCGAGUGGAUCGUCUAUCCCAAACGGUACAACGCCUAUCGCUGCGAAGGAACAUGUCCCACGCCGGUGGAUGAGACCUUCGCCCCAACUAACCAUGCUUACAUGUUGAGCUUGUUGAAGUUUCUGCACCCCGACAAAGUACCAGGCCUUUCCUGCGUGCCCACGCGCCUGGCAUCGCUCUCCAUGCUGUACUACGAGAACGGGAGGAUGGUGAUGAGGCAUCACGAGAACAUGGUGGUGGAGGAGUGCGGCUGCCGCUGAGGGAAAAGCGAAACGUGGACGAGAAUCUACAGGCACUUUACGUCGAAUCUCGACCUGCGACAGAAGCAAGAAAGGCAACAUUCUGUUAACGUCUCAGAGAGAAAUCAACGGGCCGGACUUGACACGGGCUCUAAUAAAAGAAGCACUAUUGGAUUUUCUUUUUUGUUUUUUUUACACAUUC